AUGAUUGGGAAAAAGCAUGGAAACAUAACAUUUGACUGGACUUUCAAACUCCUCCCCGGAAGGACUUGGAUCGAGAGCGUGGAAGACGUGGCUUUCGGGUUGUGGAAAGCACCAGGGUAUCUGCAGACAAAACUCAUGGUUAUCGGCAAGCAUGGGAAAAUUAUGACUCGGCAAAACUACGGGAACAAAAUAAGUUGCGCUUUUAACAUGUCUCGUCUGCAAGUCGCAUUUACGGUUCAUAAUUUAAGCCCAGGGGAUGAGAACGAUUAUGGUCUUCACGUAGAGCUUGGCUUGGCACGGAACCCAUUAAAAGAUGUCGUUGCGCUUCGCCUAGAGGGUAAUAUCAUAUUAUUAAAUAGUGCUAAAAAUGUAAUAUUAUUAACUAUUAUUUAUCACUAAUUUAGUUAUCAUACAUGUUAUCAUAUUAUUAGAUAUAAAAGUGCGGAAACUCUGUUUUGUCAGAAUCAUAUAAAUUAAAUGUAAAAAGUAUAGUUUCAGCGUUGGUAGAGAUUUCCUCGACGUACUUGAACUGCAGGGCCUCUUUUCGUUGUACAAACAUUUGUGAGAAGUGUUUUUAUGGAUUAUUUUAUUGUUAUUGACAAUGUUUCAUGCAUUUACUACUGGUAGAUCCACCAAAAAUUGUCACUUCCCUGGAGAGAAACAUUUCCCUGAAGGCUGGAGACAAUUUGGUAUUGAACUGCAGGACGACUGGACUUCCUUCUCCGCAGGUCACGUGGGCACGGUCUGGAAGAGUUUUUAGAAAUGAUACCCUAGUUGUAAACCGACUGAGCAAAAGAGACGUUGGUUUGUACCUGUGCAAAGCUCACAGUACUGCUGGGGAGGACAGUAUGAAGAUUUUUGUUCGAGUUGAGGAUGGAGAUAAACCAACUCAAACAACAGGUAGGCAGAUCUAGUCAUCUAGUGUCUAGGGUUGCAGUAGCGGAUCCAGGGAAGGGGCCCGGAUUCUGGUGUUUUUUUUUAUUGUAAGCGAUAAUUAUAUAAAUGACUUCCAUUGGCUAAAACUCUAGAUAACGUAGAACUCAUCAUAGAAUGAGGAAAAUCAUUUCAGUACAGUUUACUUUAUAUACUUACUUCUUUUUCUGUUUUCAGUUUCAGCUUCUGGUGCAACUCUUUCACAGCCCCGGCUUAACAAUCAUAAGUGGAUAUCAAUUUUGAUAUUGGCGGGCUCAACAUUAAUACUUGCAUCGAUAACAUUGACAGUGAUUUGUUAUUACAAGCGCAGACGAUUGAAAAAAGGCAUUCCCUACUCUUCUCAGAGAGAUUCUGAAACAACUGCUCAAUUGUAGACCAUUUCUCACCUUUACCUAAACCCACCAUUAAGCUUGUUCCAUUCGGAUUGAUCAUGAAUUCUAAAAACAUUAUUAAGUAUUAAGCAAAACGCUACUCCUUUCAUUUUACUGGAUAUAGAUUAUGGACCAAAAAAACUUUCAAGCUUUUGUUGGACAUUAUAACCGUAUCCUUAUCCGUAUUCGAACGUGACUUUCCCAAACAAAAUCCAGUUCAAUGUCUGAGUCAAAGCAGGAACCAGAAAUUUGUGACGUCAUUAGUGCAAAGCGCUUUUCAGUCUGUGAAAUAAAUCCAGUGAUAAUAACAAUAAUGAUAACUAGAAAUACCUGUAUCGCAGAACCUCGCGAAGCUUGGGGGAAGAGGCCCGUAAAAUGUUAGAGACGGGAGGCAGGGAGAGAAAUAGUAAAUUGUGUAACUGGAGAGGGUGGGUUUCAGCAGCAGCUGUAAUAAUGUAAUGAGAUAUACUCAAUCUCCUUUUGGUUGGAGUAAACUAGAACCAAGUGCCCUAGCCUAGCUUUAAAAAGGAUAUGGGAUUGAACUGGGUAUGCUAUUAUUAAGGCAGGGUAGGCAAAGUUGUGUAGGUGUCGUUUUCACCCUAUUUGAUCCUCCUUCGUGUGAAGUUGUUGUCCAAAGGAAAUUGGUGUGGCAGUGGAUGACUGCAGGCUAAUAAGUGAUGGCAUUUGCUUAACAACAGCUAAAUUGUGCCAUCUCCUAUAAUAAUAUUACAAUAAUUAUUUUUGAAGGGUGUCAGUAUAGUUUCCCUGACCAAAUGAAUUUUAAACAAUUUGUCCUGAUAAUGUCCUCCAACCUCCCAUCAAGGGCAUCCGACCACUAAUUACAUGAAUUUAUCCUAAUGUAAAGUACAAAAUGGGUUGAUUUUCAGGAAACCCUAAUGAAAAGAACUUCUGCUAUUCGAACAUGUUUAACUUCUGUAAACUGAUGUAUAUAUACCAAAGAUCAGAAUUUUUAAUAUUAGGAAACAAUGAAAGUAGCAUGGCAACCAUACUAAUAUUCUGAGGAAAUCUGAAAUGCAGAAUUUUUUUUUAAAAUAAUAGAAUCGAAAUGUAAGGCAAGGCAAAAUUUUUGCUACGUUUGACUUGAAAGACACAGCGGCUGCUACAUAUUGUAUUUUAAAUGGGAUGGAUUAUAGCAAAUAAAAAUUUUGUUGUGUAGGACCUUGUUUACAAAUGCAACGCUUCCCUACAAUGUACAUGUCACACAUUAUCAGUUCUAGACUGUCCGAUCACUCUGAACCAGUUGUUGCUCAUGGUGUAAUGGCUGAUCGCCUGUUCUCAGCUCAGUCCGUUCAAAAUAUAUCGCUCACGUGUGUUUUACAGAUCGUGUAAUUCUUACUGCCUGUCGUUGAAUCGAAGAACAUAUAAGCUGAAUUUCGGCUGCAAACUUCCGGGAAUGCACUGCCUCUCCUGAUCGCUUUCGUUGCGAAUCCAGUUGGCGUCAUUUUCUCGUUGUAAUUGCGGUAUUUUGUCCCUCUGCAUUAAAAGAGAAUUGAAUUUAAUUGAAUACAGAGGCAGCGAAAAAUACCGCAAUUACAGCUGUCUGUACAUGUCUGUAGUCGCUGUAGCCUCUCCUCUGUCUCUUGUCGACGGCUUCUUCUUCGCUGGGCAAAACGAUGUUCCUCUUUCUUCUCUCUGCUGCGGGGUUUGUUGCUGUACUUUGCUGUCUUCUUCUUUUUUGUUGCUUCCGCUGAAUUUCAAUUCGGCUUUCUGUUGUUGCUCCAGAGGAGCUAGUUCUCCCCGGCAAGAAUUUGCAUCCACUUUUUGAAUGCAGAGUUGUUUUUGCUUUUCUGGGUCAGUUNCUUCUUCUUUUUUGUUGCUUCCGCUGAAUUUCAAUUCGGCUUUCUGUUGUUGCUCCAGAGGAGCUAGUUCUCCCCGGCAAGAAUUUGCAUCCACUUUUUGAAUGCAGAGUUGUUUUUGCUUUUCUGGGUCAGUUACAUUUGAACAACAAGAUAAAACAAAAAAUAAUGAAAACUGACUUUCAUUUCCACAUAUCCCGGAAAAUGUAUGCAUUACUAGUAUGCACUGACCUCACCAACACUUCGAGCUCUUAAAGUGAUGUUACAACCUACGAUUCUUAGCGUAACACGGCGUUGCAAUGUUGGAACAAUGUUGUAACAAUUCUAAACAAUGUCGCAACAAUGUUGCAACGCUGUGUUGCGCUAAAAAUCGUCGUUGCGAAUCGUGUCGUGUCACAUCAACUUAAAGCUUUUUAACUCACCCCAACAAGGCAUAAUUUAUUACAAGCGGUAGAGUGAUCAAAUCAAAAUUUGUAGACCCGGGCCUACAGGUCUGGUUACGCCCCAGAUAAUAAUAAAUAACGUCAAUUCUUUCAAGUUAUUCCAGUUUUUCCCAGCUUAAAUUAUGAACCAAUAUAACUAAUUAAAAAAGGUCAGUUUUUUUAUCGCGAACUUGUAGCUCUUUUUCAUUCUUAACGUCUUUUAUUGUAUCGUUGAUCAUCAAGAUGCUGAGUUGUAGAAGAUGAUGACGAAGGCAAUGACUAUAAUGACGAUAAUGAUAAAGAAGAUGAAGAUAAUGAUGAUGAUUAAAACAAUAAUCAUCCUAAUAAUCACGGUUUCUGGAGGUUAAUGUGCUGUUAGGCUACCAAAAAGUAAAAACAUUAAAGCAACGAGGAAGAUUUCUAAUAAAGUAUUUAUUUCUAAUUAUUAACUGCAUAUACAUGUAUUACAUUCCACUAGUGACUAAAAUUACUAUGUAGUGCCUUUUUAUUGUAACAAUUAGAAGAAAAAGGCGAUUUUUCAAAUUUUAUCUCGAAUAAUAACUAACAGCCCAAACAUCUUCGCAAACUUCAAGACAGCGCCGCGAUAGUUUUCACAGCAAGGCCUUUACACCAUUAGUUCUAUAAUCGAAACCAAUAUAUAAGGUCGGUUCAAUCUGUUAGACAUACUCCAAAACAAAAAGCUAACAUAUCGUGACGAUCUACUUAACAGAAAGAAUAGGUUGGGCUGUACUUUUUACGAAACAAAAUCAUGAACGAUGAGGCUUUUUGGGCGGGAAAUUCCGUUCCACCCUCUUUACCAAUGUUGUCAGAAAAUGAAUCAACCUAUUUUUAUUCUUUUAAACGCCUUUUUCUCAGACCUAAGAAACAAACUCUUCCUUCAUGUUCAGGUUAACAAACACAGGAACCAUCAAAAGCGCUCCAAAACAUCCAAGAAAUCCCUGAAAAAAGAGAAUAUAUAAUUUUUAUUAAAUCAAAAAUUUACGUGGUUGUAUAACUAAAAACUUGUAACAAGGUAUGUCAAAGAUGCAUUUAGGUCAAACGAUUUUAGAAAAGUACUGGCUAUAGCACUGAAAACCCGUUUGAACUUUGAGGUAUUAAUGCCAGGGUGGAAGUCUCCAUUUUUUUUAAGGUGAUAAGUUCUGAUACCCUGUUUACAGGUAGCCAUUACGACACUGGAAAGAGGAUCAUAAGGUUAUCCCUGUAUUAAGAUUUGUCCUUACAGAUAACCCAUCCAGAGAAGGAAAGGUUGGCCACACCACCGGGAUCUACCUUCCCUACUCUUUUCGAACAGUGGUGUGGGUUCUUUUACGUCCCACAAGAGAACCAGAUAUGAAAGUGCUGUGAGACGGGACCUACGGUUUUUUGUCCUUAUGCGAGAAGACUAGAAAGUCUAACCGUUUGCAGCAUGCAGAUGUCAUUACAAAGGCAGGACUUUCUUCUCAGUUAUUUAAGACCCUGAGUGUUGGUCCGGCCGCGGUUUGAACCCGCGACCGCCCGCUCAGCAGACAGGCGCUCUUCCAACUGAGCUGAACCAGGCGGCGGUAAAAACCUUCAAAAGUAGGUUGAGUUUGAUUGUCCGCGUAAACGUAGUCCUGAAUAGGACUGUUGUUCUUGAGAAAGG